AUGGCCCGUCAUCAGAAAGUGGUCUGCUCUUCUUGCCGUCGUCGCAAGACAAAAUGUGAUGGAGCGUCCCCCAGCUGCUCGGCGUGUGUGGCCAGUGCCUCGACUUGUCAGUAUGAAAAAGCGCCGUCACUCGCGUAUGUCCGUUCCUUACAGGCGCGGAUCCGAGAAUUGGAAGCCAGAGGGAGAGACUCAGAUUCGUCUCCUUCAGCCACCGUACUGAGCUCUGUCUUCAACGGACACGACGGGGACUCUAUAUCUUUCCACGCAGAGGGAGAUUUGAGCUACCACAACCAGACGUCUGCCAUCCACGAAGGUCCACCGGACACAUCCCGUCAAUCGUCACAUCCCACAUCCGAAUCGUUGGCAUCCAGAGCGACCAAGCAGUCUACCGCCAGUAUCAGACACAGCCUUGUUGCCAAUGCGGUGGCUCAGAAGAACCUCGAGCUCCUGAACGCCAGCGCAAUUUCGCCGCAGGCUGACGUGCCGCCGGAAGUGACUUCCAUACUGCUCCAAUUACAUUGGUGCUGGCUUCAUCCGAGCUUCCUAUUUGUGUAUCGACCAGCCUUUACGAGGGAUAUGCUUCGGUCUGCCCAGCAUGGCCAGAAAGCCAAGUACUGGUCCGCCACUCUCUUCAAGGUCCUGUGUGCUCAUAGCUGUCGAUUCAUCCGCGCCCCGGAGGCAUUCUGGAGCCCCGAUAAUUACGCGGAGACGUUUUCCCAGUUCAGUACCCGCCUCAUGUCGGAAGCCAAGGCACUACUCGCGCUGGAGACGCUCAAUCCCCCAGCAAUUCCCACCAUCCAAGCGUUGUUGCAGCAAUCUGCUCGAGAUAUAGCCUGUGGGCGCUCUUCAGCAGCAUGGCUCUACUCCGGCAUGGCCUUUCGCAUGGCCAUUGACCUGGGACUACACGUUUCCCCCGACGACCUGCAACGACACUCGACCUCGCUGUCCGCAGAAGACGUCGAGAUUCGAAAACGCUUGUUCUGGAGUCUGUACGCCUGGGAUAAACACAUCAGCCUGUACCUGGGCAGAAUGCCCAAUUUCACCAUGGGCGCCGAAAACGUCUCGCUAGAGUUCCUUGACGACUUUACAGAAGAGGACCUGUGGGAACCGUUCUACGGGCCUGAGCCGGCGUCCGCCGAACGCCCAUCUUACCCUCCGACCCCAGGGCACGUGGUUUCUUGCUUCACGCAACUGUGCAAACUGUGCGUCUUUAUAUCGCGGGUGAUGCUGGAUCUCUAUAGCCCGCAGCCUAUCAACCACCCAAGUUCAUCAUUAGACGCCCGGGCGGCGGCUUUCGUGACGAUCGACCGGGACCUGCACGAAUGGUACAAAGCCCUACCGUUGUUUCUGCAGAUACCCUCCGACAAGAUCCCGGAGAUCAGCCCCCCGCCUCACAUCACAUCCCUUAACUUAAUGUACCAUACUACCCUGAUUCUUCUGCAUCGUCCCUAUGUCGUUAGUGGACAGGCGCGCGACUCUGACGCGGCGCAAAAGAGCUGGAAAGUCUGUCGUUCCGCAACGACUACUAUUUACCACCUGCUGCAAAUGUAUACCAAGACCUUUGGCUUCCAACACAUUACCUAUAUGAACAGUUAUUGCACGUACACGGCAGCGACAACGGCAGUAUACCAACUGGAAACCUCGGAGGGAGAACCCCGCGUUUCCGACCAAGUCGUGUGGACGGAGCUGAAGUUCUUGCUGGAUAUUCUCCAACGCACGUCUACUACUAUGCCGGGUCUCAAUCGAAGCAUUGACAUCAUUCGGUCCCGAAUAAAGAAGAUCCUGGACAGACAAGUGUCCAAGCAGCUUGAUUCGCUCUUUCCAGCCAGCAAUCCGCCAGCGCAUGGCCAACCCCCUGCUUCGCCGGGACCAUCCGGAAAACACACUGUGGGAAACGGCGAAGACCUGACGAUGGAUGACGCAUCAGUUUCUACAUUCGCACGUCCAUCUUCCAGCUUCUCACCAGGCCGGGACCUUCUAGCCGAGGAUUGGCGGGACCUGGAUGACUGGCUUCCGGCAUUCCCUGGACAGGAUAUCUCCUUUGGGUCUGAAGUCAUGCUGGACAUGCCGGAAAACCUGAGUCCAAGGACGCGAUCUUCACUCAUGGGUUCGAAUCUAUAUCCACAUAUGCAGCUUAAUUUCACAAUGCCCGAUGAUCCUACCUUUGACUAUACUCCUUUUUCUGGGGCCUCAUCCGGUCCUCAGCAAUGCGAUGAUCAUGGCAUCUGA